GAAAGGCGCUCUGAUGUGCUGAUGGCAUCGUCGCAAAGAUCCAUCGGUGAACCGUGUGCAUUUUUACCGAAUCGACCGGGUGAACCUUACUUUCAACUGCGACUCGUACCGGAUCGGAUAGUUUUUCGAGGAGAGCGAUUGAGUGAGGUGGCAACAACCGUUGAAAUGCAAAUGAUAAACCUGACACAGCAUCGCCAAUGCUUCAAGAUCAAAUGCACCUCAGUGGAAAUCUUUCGUGUUCGACCACCGUUGGGUUUCUUGAACGGUGGUGAGACGAUACCAAUUCGAAUCACCUUCUUCAGUAAGCAAGUACCGCAAACUGGAAAACAUUUUUUCGUCUUCUAUCAUAUUGCAACGAAUGAGGUUCGUGUUAUGCAUUAA